AUGGCUGACCUUCUCAACAAACAAUGGUUUGUGAUUAUUCUGUCUGUCAUACCUGGUUUUGUUCCCAUAGGAGCCCUCCCAGGUGUAUUUGAUGUGGAGUUUGUUACGUUGCAGUUGAGGUAUUCCGGAAUAUUGGAACUUGUACAACUCAUGAAGGAAGGCUAUACGGUCCGCAUUCCAUUGACGGACUUUGUAAAAAGGUAUGCCCAUCUGACAGGAAGAGGUGUCUCGUUCUCCGAUGAGCGAGAAUGUUGUGCUGCGGUCCUCAACAAUGUUCUUGGUGAUCAUUCAGCUCUUUAUCAGAUUGGCUUCUCCAAGGUCUUUCUAAAAGAAAGUGGACGAGAGAUGCUACAGAGCCGAUGGGAAGAGCUGCAGAGCUUUGCUGCACUUACCCUGCAGAAGAAUCUCCGGGGGUUCUUGAAUCGCAAAAACUUUCAAGUAUACAAACAGAAAAUUACUGUUAUUCAGGCUCAUGUAAGGGGCCAUCAAGCCAGGAGACGUUUUAAGAAACUGAAGCAUACCCAGGUCCAGUUUGGUGCAGCUCUUCUCAUCGCUAGAAUGACUUCCAUACGUAGAAGGAACUGUCAGCGGCAGGAGAGGCCUCUUAAUGCUCCGUGUCAGGAGACUCUCCCUAGCAUGGACCUGACACAGUUGGACAUCCCAGCAGGGCUGGCUGCUGCCCUGAACUCCGCAAAUCUGCGGUCAAAUUCUCAGGGUGCACAGAUAACUGAAGUACCUCCACCAAAGAUUGUGGUUCAAUCAAAUGUUUCCCUCCCUCCGGACAUCAACAACUUUCCAUUCUCCAUUUUUAUCAGAUCUUAUUUCAAGGAUCCUGACUUGCCUCCCUUGGGGAAGCCACUCCAAGACCCUUUAACUCGUGUUUCACAAAAUGACCGCGCUGCGGCUCUUGAGCUAUACAAAUUGGCCUUGCGAUUUGUGGGGAACACCUACAUGCCAGCUAUGGAGCAGAUGUUGUUGGGUAAUUAUAUGGCCGAACGCUGUCUGGCACAGCCAUCGCUUACAGAUGAAAUGUUGUGUCAAGUAGCGAGUCUGACCGUGCAGAACACCAAUGAGGAACAGUGUCAACGGGCUUGGCUUCUUAUGUCAUGCCUCCUCAGUUGUCUCAUUCCUUCACCCACUUUGGAAAAACCACUAUUGAAAUAUGUCUCUGACCAAGGCUUUGAGGGGUACAAAGCCAUAUGCCAAAACAAGAUGCUACGCGCUAGGUGUAAUGUUCAGAACAACAAUGAAGUUUCUCGAGCCCAUGCCCCAUGCAUGUUGGAGUGGACAGCAAAUGAACGUAAAGGGAAGAUGGUGGUAGACGUUCUUGCCAGUAAUGACGAAAAAUACUCUGCUGAAGUGGACUCUUGGACAACCGGAGAACAACUUGCUGGCUGGCUCCUUCAGUCAAGAGGUCUGGGGGACAUUCCACGCGGUUGGUCAGUUUCCAUUCUGGGCACUGAGCAGUGGAUAGACUUGCCUGGAAGUGAUUAUUUAUUGGAUGUGAUCGCAGAAGUUGAAGAUGGAGUUCCUCCUUCUACUUUCAAAACAUCUGAUUAUGCUUUUGGAGAUGAUUAUAACAUUCCAGAGCCUCCUCCCAACUUUGCACCUGGACUCCCCUUUGCACAACCAGGUUUUGAUGCACCUGGAUUUCCACCUUCACCAUUAUCUGGGCCACCUGGACCCCCUGGACUUCCACCACCUCCUCCUUUACCUCCCCCAUUUAUGCCAUCUUCCCGAGAAACGAACAAUGUCCCAAUUCCACCAGCACCACCUAUGCAAGCCCCCAUAUUGCCAGCUGGUCAGAAUAACUCACAGAGACUUGAUAAUUUUGUGGAUCAGGCCUUCAGCCAAGUUCUCUCAUCCCCAUCAGAUAUGGACAUACCAGACAGCCUCAAUUGGCGUAUGAAGGGAGGUGGUGGCAUUGGACCUACUCGCCAAGGUCCUUACAACCCCGCUGGCUUUUCGGGUGCAGGUAUGGCCCCUGCAUAUGGUAUGCCAAUGAUGAAUGGAAUGAUGCCAGGGAUGGGUGCCAUGCCAAUGAUGCAGCCUAUGCCAGGUAUGAUGCCAGCACAAGCAAUGAUGCCCCAAGUUAUGCCAAUGUCCCAGCCAAUGAUGCCUGCAGUAGAUGCUGCACAACUUGCAGCCCAGCAGCAAGCCUUCAUUAAUCAACAAGCUCUGCUCUUGGCUCAACAGAUGACUCUUCAGGCAACAAUGUUAUCUCAACAGCAGCAGCCACAACGUUCUCAGGAUCCUCCCCAACGCACCAGAGAACGUUCUCCCCAACGCACCAGAGAACGUUCUCCCCAACGCACCAGAGAACGUUCUCCCCCGCCUAAACCAACUCCUAGAACUGCCCCUAAACCUUCUAAAUCUGUACCUAAAAAUGCGUCAAAACCAGAACCCACUGCUGAUCCAUCCCCUGCUCCAGCUACUGGAUCUGCUCCCCCUCCACCCCCUGCUCCUCCUGCUCCUCCUGCUCCUCCUGCUGCACCUAUAGUUUCAGCUCCUGCCACUAUAAUCCUGGAGUCCAAGCCUAAUGUUCCGAGGUCAAUGACAUCCACAGAGAAUCUCUGGAUGUCAGAAGAUGAGCUGGAAUACUCUCAACAGAAACGAACCUUCCAGCAGAAGAGGCAGUUCUUCCAAAAGAUGGCUAGUCAAGAGAUAAAAAUAAAAUCGCUGAGGCCUCCUUCCAAAAUCCUACUUCCCAGCACAAGCACAGACAGUGGCAGUGAAAGUGAAAGUGAUGUGGAGCCCCCAGAGCCACCUGAACCAGAGCCUCAACCUCAACCAGACAUACCUAUACCAAAGCCACCACCAGUUAUACGUAUUCCUCAGCCUCAGGAAUUAGAUGAUGUAGAACCCACACCCAUGGUGGUCGUGAAAAAGCCCCAGAAACCACAACCUAGCCACCAAAUACGGGAAAUAAUAAAGAUGUAUCAAACUCGCCCACAACCUGAGCUUAAGCCUUUCCAACCAGUCAGGAGACAACCACAAAAUUUCUUGAAGAAGAAAGACCCAAAAGAGGAGGCCCUGGAGAGACUGCAGACGUCUGGAGGUCCUCCACCACCUGAUCCCCCUAAACCACCUCCCCCUAAACCACUGGUGAAAAGUGAGAAGUCUAGUUCUAUGAAAGAAAAACAUAAGUCACUUUUAGAUUUGUUUCCACCAAACUUUGUUCCUCCUGCCCCAGAACAAAAAACCCCAAAAGAGCCAGGACGCACUCUUAAUGGUGAUCAUGCAAUAAGAACCUCUCUAAUGAAGCAGAAUGCCAGUGUAUUCUUCUCGUAUAGCGACAUCAACUGGAGACUCUAUGUGCGCAAAGAGCUUUUCUAUCCAAAAGAGAAGUUUAACCACCCUCAAUACCUCCAUCUCCUCUGUGAGCAGAUUAUUCGAGAUACAUUUUCCGAUUCUGGGUUUAGGCUAACACGAGAAGAACGAAGGAAGAUGAGAGAUCUUCUGAAUGAGUUCCGCGUGGGGAAUGACGCAAGUUCCAUCAUCGAUGAAAACAUAAAAAAACGCAUUGUGAUAGCUGCACGGGACAAUUGGGAGAAUUACUUUUCUCGCCUCAUCCCUGUCAGUCUGGAGGAAGACAGUGAAUUGUUACUGCUGGCCGUAUCUCAUCGAGGGAUCCGUCUUGUGAAGGAAACGAACGCCACAGGAAUACAACAAAGGCAUCUGAAGACUUUGUGCAGCUACAGUUUUGCAGAUGUUCUGUCCCUGGAAAUGUCAAAUUCCUACAGUAUUAAGAUCUGCCUACGAAAUGAGGAUCUACAGUUAUUCUCGGACAAAGCACAGUCACUAAAAGCAUUGGUGGAUAUUUUUCUGCAGGAGCUGGUCAAGGACUCAAACCACGUAAUUGCCCUGCGCAGUCACAUAACUGACGAUAAAAGCCUUCUCACCUUCAAGAAGGGAGAUAUCAUCAAAGUGCUGCCAAUGGAUGGACUGCAGCCAGGGUGGCAAUUUGGCUCCAUUGGAGGUCGUUCUGGUCUCUUUCCCUCUCGUUUGGUGCAAGCAGCAGCCACCCCAGAUUAUUAUUCAGUGCUGAAUAGGAAGGUCGAGAGCAAGAAGGAACCCAGACUCCUGCGCAGAACCAUAAGCAGGGAGAGUUCCCGAACAAGUGACAAGUCUGUGCCCACCACCACUCCUUCCCCACCACCACCCACUGAUGUCACAAACUAUACAAUGGUAGAGUUUGCAUUGAAACAUUUCCGAGAACCACAGACCAUGAUGGGCUGGAAAGGAAUGGCAGCUGAAGGAAAGAAACCAAUCGAGAUGGUACAGCACACAAAGGUUCCAAUUCAGGAGUCUCUAAUUUAUUUCACGGAUAAGGAAUUGAAUGAGCAUGCAACUAAUAACUUCAUGACUCUUAUGAGAUUUAUGGGCGAUCAACAGUACAGAGAACAGGAUGAUGUGGCUUGUCUAUACGAGAUCCUACAGCUUUGCAAAGAAAAACAAAUGCUAAAAGAUGAAGUUUAUUGCCAAGUGUUGAAACAAGUAACGGAGAACCCCAAACAGGAGAGUUGCAACCGCGGAUGGAUUGUCUUGAGUCUUCUCACUGGUUUCUAUGCCCCAUCCAUCACUUUACUGCCAUAUGUCACGAAGUACCUACAAGACAUCAAUGGCCCAUACCAAGAAAUGUCUAGGGAUUGCCAGGAGCACCUCCGUCACACAGUACGCUAUCAUGGACGACGACAUCUUCCACCACGUGUAGAGCUGGAGGCACUACUGAGUGGACGGAUAUCUCGACGUAUUGCUGUGGCUUUACCAGGUGGAGCUGAAUAUACCACUAAAAUCAAGACGUUCACAGUUGCGGCUGAUUUGGUCCCGGAGAUAUGCGAGCAGCUGUUGGUUACUGACAAAACUGAGAUAGAGGAAUUUGCCAUAUUUGCCAAUAAAAGCCAAGGUGAGGUAGUUCGACCCCUACAAGCUGGCGAUUACAUACAUGAUUUUCUGCUUCCCGAUAAUUCUGUGUCUAUGGAAUUUAAGCGUGUCACUUGGAAAGCUCCCCUGAAAGGUCGCAGUGAACUCUGUAUCCAAGUUCUUUAUAGCCAGGUGCACCAGGAUUAUAUGACCGGAAAUUGCCUGUUAUUGAGCACACCAGAUAAAUUAGGGAUGCAGACAGGGACUGUGGCUGGCAUUCUACAUCGAAUAAAGGGCCAAAACACCCCUCCGAACAAGCAAGAACUCAUGGCCUACAUACCGACAAAUGUGCAAAAUCGUCUUAAUUUACAAGCCGUACAGCAGUUUCUCAUGCAAGAGCUGAGAGCAACCGAGAACCUAAAUGUCCAUCAGGCAAAGCUUCGAUUUUUGGAGACUGUGUCAGCACUACCACUCUUUGAUUAUAACGUCUAUCAAGUAAAACGAAUCAGUGAAGAGGGUGUAACAACCCCUUGCUUUAUUGCAGUUAAUCACAUGCAUUUUCUGAUCCUGGAAAACAACAACCAGAAUCCACACAUGGUAGUCAAUCUGCAGGACAUCAAGAGCAUGCGCACAAUGCGCCCAUUCGAUAACAACAGUUUACCUGGGGUAGAGGUACACUAUGGCUCUGCCUCCGAUCCACACACCCUGUGGAUGGAGCUUCAGGAGGCUAAGGAGCUGUACCAUACCAUGGCUUUAAUCAUAGAAAGUUUGGAAACCACUGCUCCAUAGAUUUCUCAGAUCCGUCUACCCUAAUGUAUAAACAUAAGUUAUUGUCAUUCUAAUUGCUUUGAUUUGAAUGUUUCUGUACAGAGAAUUGUUUAGUACAGUAAGAUACAAAUACACAGAUAAUGUAAAAUUGCAUCUGGGAAUGUCGUGUCUUCUAAAUGUAUCCAGAGGCUAGGAUCAGUUGUUUUUUUGUUUCUUACACUCCUUCCACAAAUCUAAGUAACUACAAGAACUAUUUGAUUUAAUUAAACUUUAAAGAGCAAUUAAACAUGAAAGGGAAUAGACCGGGGUUCCAGUAAAUACAACCAA